AUGCUCGGCGGGUCCGACCGCUUCUUGCACGGAUUCGGAGCCGACUGCUUGAAUGGAUUCGGAGCUUCGGGAAUGCCCGUCGGGCCAAAGAUCCGCUUCAAGUGCUCCUCUCUGUCGCACGGCUCUGGUGAGGUGGCACUGACGUCCCGCUCCGUCUCGGAUGCUCGCGAUGGGCUGCGUCCACAUCGAGUGCUUGCCACAUCUUGCUGGGACGAUGGCGGCCUCGUCGUCGCUGCCUGGUGGUUCGUAUCCGCGUCGGAUGACUGCAUGGUUAGGCUGCUGGAAGAAGCCUGGGCGCCUGGGCUCGGCUUGUACCGCGGGCCCGAUGAAACGGGCAGGCAAAACAAAGUCUCAAACGGCUUGAGCCGUGUCGCACUGGCUUUAGGCGGAAGGGGAGGGAUGGGGGCACCGCCACUAGACUCGAGUUGCGAGAAUUGUUGGGUUACUGUUACUGUAGGUGCCAAAGGAAGUAUAGGCUUGUGA